GUGGAAAAAAACGAAACUCUUGGGAGUUUUUGGAAAAAAUGAUCCAUCAUUUAUAAAAACUGAGGAAGCCAAUAUUGUUUUUUACCCUGCAGGAUUUUAGCCUGUUAGGCCGAACAAAUUAGGUUGAAGCCCAUCGAAGAGAAAUCCGGGUAUUCGAAUCCUAACUAUACAAGGUUGGGUUUUAUAUUCUUCUCAAUUUCUCUCGCUACAACCAUUUUGGUUACAAAUCUCAAACCCUAGGUGAAGGUAAGGUUUGAGAGAGAUUAACAAUGGUGGAGAAGACUAAAGGUAGGAAAGAAGAGGUAGUUACCAGGGAGUACACCAUCAACCUCCACAAGCGCCUCCAUGGAUGCACAUUCAAGAAGAAGGCUCCCAACGCCAUUAAAGAAAUCAGGAAGUUUACACAGAAAUCGAUGGGGACAACAGAUGUGAGAAUAGAUGUGAAGCUAAACAAGUACGUGUGGAGCAGAGGAAUCAGAAGCGUUCCAAGAAGAGUUAGAGUGCGUAUUGCACGCAAAAGGAAUGAUGAUGAAGAUGCCAAGGAAGAACUUUACUCUCUUGUCACUGUUGCAGAGAUCCCAGCUGAAGGGCUCAAGGGUCUAGGAACCAAGAUCAUUGAUGAUGAAGAUUGAUUAAUGGGAUUUCUUUUUUGAGUUUAAAAGCAGGAAUUGUUUUUUUGGAAAUGGUAUUUCAUUUGGAUUAUACAAACAUUUGUUGUUUUACUUGUGAUGGAUUUUAUAUACUGCCUGUUUGCUGUGUUUUUCUAAGGGGAAUACAGUGAAGUUCAAAGGAUUUUGAAUUUUGAUGUAUAUGGUUUUGAAUUUCCUUGUUUGUUGAUACAUUCAACUCAAGAUGUGAUGAUAGCCUAAAUCAUUCUAAAGAUAGCUUAAUUCAUUGGUAGGACAUGUUUGUUAGGGCGGCCACUAUCCGUUGAUCUCUCUUUGAUAGACUUCCUGAGAAUUUUCAGUUUGAUCACAUCUUUGAUAACUAUCUUUUUUUUUUCAACAUCUAUGUAACGAACUUUAUGGUGUUCACAUAAG